AUGGCGGAGGCGCUCGCCAUAAUCGGGCUGGUAUCUAACAUCCUAUCGUUUAUCGACUUCGGCAUCAAAUUCAGCUGUGGGGUUCGGAACGUGCGCGAUUCCCUUCACGGUACAACUGCGGAGGUUCGAGAGCUCGAACUUAUUGUGGAAAACGUUGAAAGAUAUCAUGAGCGAGUCAAGAAGCAGCAAGUUUCCGGUCAGAAGCUAUCCGUGCACGAGAAGCACAUUUUGGGCAUGGUUCAACAAUGCCGCAGCAUAGCCGAAGAGUUGCACAAGGCUAUCGCCCGGCUACAUAUGCGCGAGGGUCGCUCGAAGACCAUCGAAAGUAGCCGCGUCUUUUUCCAGAGUUUCUGGAAACAACGAGACGUUAUUUCUCUACGAACAAGGCUUGAAGCGCUGGACAAGCAGAUUCGAUCAAAUGUUGAUGAUUAUGACUCUGCAUUGUCAGCCAAGCUGCAGGCCUUGAAGAAAGGUCAAGAUGAUCUUGCCAUCAAUUACGACGCCAAGUUGGAUCAAAUUCGAGACGAAAUCCUCACCCUUUCACGACAGGAUCGCACAGGCGAAAGCACCACACAGUUGGCGCAAUUAGCCAGUCUGAAAACGAAGCUUGACGCGCUCGAGAAAGAACAUAAGGCAUGCAUUAAGCAGACUGAUAUCAUAAGAAGCCUGUACUUCCCAGCGGGUAGCGGUAAAUCAACUCUGAUGAAAUUGGUGUCUGAACACCCGAGCACCCUUACAUGCCUUGAAGGGUGGGCCGGUACGACCAAGCUCUGCACAGCAAGCUACUACUUCUGGAACCAAGGCUACGAGAUGCAGAAGAGUCAAGUCGGACUUUUUCAGUCCCUUCUUUAUCAGAUACUCAAAUCUGUACCAAGACUCAUCGAGAUAGUGUGCCCUGACCGCCUGGAGCACGAAGACUGGGAUGUAAAGGAACUGAAAGCUACCUUCGCGCGCAUCGCUACCCAGGAGGAUUUAGAAGUCAAGUUUUGCUUCUUCAUCGAUGGUCUGGACGAGUAUAACGGAGCUGAGGAGGACGUUGUCCACGCUCUGAAAUUUCUUUCCGCAUCCAAGGACAUCAAGAUCUGUGCCUCAACGCGACCUCGGUCGGUGUUUGAGAAGUUCUUUAGUGAACGUUCUCGCACAUUUGACAUCAAGGGGUUCACCAAGGAAGACAUGGGACGCCACGUUCAACGCGAACUUGCGGAGAAUGAAAGCUUCCAACGUUUGGAAGACGCUGGGUUUACUUGCGAAACAAUGACGCGGGCAAUUGCAGACCUCGCGAAGGGCGUGUGGUUAUGGGUAUUCCUCGUCACUCGUGACAUUGUACACGCCGUCAACCGAGACGAAGAUGUCGAGACGCUGUGGAAGAUUGUCAAUCUGUUCCCAGCAGAUUUGGAAGCCUACUUCGAGCGUAUGCUCAACGCCGUCCAGCCACAAUAUCGUGAAGAGAUGUCACAGAUAUUCUUGAUAACAGUGGAUCAACUGCAACCGCUCCCGUUAUUCGCGUUCUCACUGCUGGCAAGCGAACGCAAGAACCCCGCAUAUGCCACCAACCUCUCCAUGCGAUCUUUCCGCGAGGGCAAAAUGAAAGAGAUGUACCCGAAGUGGAAGUCGCUCAUUCACAAUAGAUGCAAUGACCUUCUUGUUGUCAAUAAUGAAGAACAUCCCCUUUUCUUUGGUCCCACAGUCGACUUCCUCCACCGGACUGUCGGCGACUUUUUGCAGGAUAAUUACUACCCUCAACUUCAAGCCAAUCUCAAGGGCCAGUUUAGCUCUACAUCUGCCCUAUGUAAGAUGUGCCUUGUGAUGCUUAAAUUACUCCCGGACGUCGACUUCGAAGAACGGCCUUCAAUCAAUAUAGUCAUCGGAAUAACAGACGAGCUACUCUAUUACGCGUACGAAACCGAGAGAAACGACCCGAACCCCAUGUCUUCCCUAGUCGAGGUGCUCGAUGACAUGGAUCGCGUUAACAGUCACCACGCACGCGGCGCUAGGAACCACUGGACGCACGCCCGCGAUGCGGUUGGCGAACGAGGAAAGGAUGUGUACCAAGAGGGCGACAACUACAGUUUCCUUGCACUGACUGUGCAAGCACGUCUCGUCAAGUACGUUCGCGCGAAGUUAGACGCCAACCCAAACAACAUGCGAAAGGGCGGGCGGCCACUACUCGACUACGCGCUCCGCCCACGUCGCAUCACACCUAUCAGCAUGCGAUACCACUCCAAGCGCGACGACCCGAGUGUGAAUGUGGACAUGGUACGGCUCCUCCUCGAUCGCGGAGCGGAUCCAAAUCAGCAAGUUCAUCUGAACGACGGCAAGUCAGUCUGGCUGCUCUUUCUACUUUCGAUACAUGAGACCGUCUUGCGUGCGCACAAGGGUGGCACAAAACCUUCAGGGAGUCUCACUAGCGCUUGGUACCAAUGUUGCCAAUCGCUCAUCCAACAUGGUGCCCAGAGGAAUUCGUAUCUCCCUAAAACGGAAUCGGUGUCAGCCGUUGGUAGUGUCUUGAGGGAUCUCUUUGGGUCUGCGAAAACAGAUGCUCUAGAAGAGCUUCUGGACAAGAAGGAGCAGGAGGAGCAGCAGUCAAAGGGCUCGUGUAUGAUCAUGUGA